GCGGGGUCUAGGCGGAGGGGCUAGGCCUCCCGCUGCUCAAGCGCGCCUCCGAGGCUCGCGCCGUCGCGCCGGCCGGGCGUCUCUGGAAAUCCUUGGCCGCCAAUGGGGGAGGUGGAGCCCGUGCCCGCGGGCCCGCUGGAGCCCCCGGAGCCACCUGAAGCGGCAGCGCCUCGCCGGCCGGGAGGGAUUCGGGUCCUGAAGAGAAAUAUGAAACACAAUGGGAGCAGAAAUUGUUUGAAUAGAAGAAGUAGGUUUGGUUCUCGAGAAAGAGACUGGCUAAGAGAAGAUGUGAAGAGAGGCUGUGUUUACCUUUAUGGAGCAGACACGACCACUGCCACUACAACCACCACCUCCUCCACAUCCUCCUCUUCUGAUUUACAUCUUGUCCUUUGCACAGUAGAGACACCAGUGUCAGAAAUAUGUGCUGGAGAGGGAAGAGAAAGUCUCUAUCUACAGCUUCAUGGAGAUCUGGUCAGGAGACUGGAGCCCACUGAACGGCCUCUCCAGAUUGUUUACGAUUACUUAUCCAGGCUGGGAUUUGAAGAUCCCGUGCGCAUACAGGAGGAGGCUACGAACCCUGACCUCAGCUGUAUGAUUCGAUUUUAUGGUGAAAAACCAUGCCAGAUGGAUCAUCUGGAUCGGAUCUUACUGUCUGGCAUCUAUAAUGUACGCAAAGGAAAGACCCAGCUGCACAAAUGGGCUGAGCGCCUAGUUGUUCUCUGUGGUACCUGCCUUAUUGUUUCUUCAGUGAAGGACUGUCAGACUGGAAAGAUGCACAUUUUGCCUCUGGUUGGGGGAAAGAUAGAAGAAGUGAAGCGCCGGCAACACUCCCUUGCUUUCAGCUCAGCUGGAGCCCAAGCUCAGACCUAUCAUGUCAGCUUUGAGACUUUGGCUGAGUACCAGAGAUGGCAACGGCAGGCGUCUAAGGUGGUGUCCCAGCGGAUCAGCACUGUGGACCUCUCAUGUUACAGCCUUGAGGAGGUUCCUGAGCAUCUCUUCUACAGUCAAGAUAUCACCUACCUCAACCUGAGACACAACUUCAUGCAAUUAGAAAGACCGGGGGGCCUUGACACACUCUACAAAUUUUCUCAACUGAAGGGCCUGAACUUAUCCCAUAAUAAACUUGGACUGUUUCCUGUGUUGCUGUGUGAGAUUUCUACACUGACUGAACUCAACCUUUCUUGUAAUGGAUUUCAUGACUUGCCCAGUCAGAUUGGUAAUCUGCUAAAUCUUCAGACUCUCAGCCUCGAUGGCAACGUCCUCACGGCUCUGCCAGAUGAGUUGGGAAACCUGCAGCAGCUCACUUCUCUGGGGAUUUCCUUCAACAAUUUCAGUCAAAUUCCUGAAGUUUUGGAGAAACUCACCAUGUUAGAUAAAGUGGUUAUGGCAGGAAACCGUUUGGAAAUCCUGAACCUAGGGGUGCUGACCAGGAUGAGCCAUGUUAAACAUGUGGAUCUGAGGAUGAACCACUUGAAAACAGUGAUUAUUGAAAAUCUGGAAGGAAAUAAACACAUCACUCACAUGGAUUUGCGGGACAAUGAGUUGACUGAUUUGGACCUUAGCCCCUUAUGUAGCUUGGAGCAGCUGCAUUGUGAGCGGAACCAGCUGAGGGAGCUGACACUCAGUGGCUUCUCUCUUCGGACCCUCUUCGCCAAUUGGAACAGGCUGACAGCAGUGAAUGUCUAUCCAGUACCCAGCCUGCUCACUUCUUUGGAACUCUCCCGAAACUUGCUAGAGUGUGUCCCUGACUGGGCCUGUGAAGCAAAAAAGCUGGAAAUACUAGAUAUAAGCUACAAUCUUCUUACAGAGGUUCCCAUGAGAAUUCUGAGUAGUCUGAGUCUUCGGAAACUGAUGGUAGGACACAACCACAUCCAUGUCCUUCCAGCCCUGGUGGAGCACAUUCCCCUCGAGGUACUAGAUAUCCAGCAUAACACUCUCUCCAGGCUGCCAGACACGCUCUUCUCCAAGGCCUUAAAUCUCAGGUACUUGAAUGCAUCUGCAAACAGUCUGGAGUCUUUGCCUUCUGCGUGCGCUGGAGAGGAGAGUCUGAGUGUGCUGCAGCUGCUGUACCUGACCAACAACCUGCUGACAGAUCAGUGUAUACCUGUUUUGGUUGGGCACCCACACCUGCGAGUUCUGCACCUUGCAAACAACCAGCUACAGACCUUUCCUGCAAGCAAACUAAAUAAACUGGAGCAACUGGAAGAACUGAAUCUAAGUGGGAACAAGCUUAAAGCUAUUCCCACAACCAUAGCAAACUGCAAAAGGCUGCAUACCCUUGUCGCACAUGCCAACAACAUCAGCAUUUUCCCAGAGAUCCUGCAGCUGCCUCAUAUUCAGUUUGUAGACCUGAGUUGCAAUGACUUGACAGAAAUACUAAUUCCAGAGUCUCUGCCUGCUACCUUACAAGACCUUGAUCUGACAGGAAAUACAAAUCUGGUUCUGGAGCACAAGACUUUAGACAUGUUUAGCCAUAUCACAACCUUGAAGAUUGAUCAGAAGCCUUUGCCAACCACAGACUCAACAGUUACAUCCACCUUCUGGAGCCAUGGGCUGGCUGAGAUGGCAGGGCAGAGGAAUAAACUCUGUGUGUCUGCUUUGGCUAUGGAUAACUUUGCAGAGGGCGUGGGAGCUGUGUAUGGCAUGUUUGAUGGGGACCGGAAUGAAGAACUCCCUCGUCUGCUGCAGUGUACAAUGGCAGAUGUGCUUUUGGAAGAAGUACAACACUCAACAAAUGACACAGUUUUCAUGACCAAUACCUUCUUGGUAUCUCACAGGAAAUUAGGAAUGGCUGGCCAGAAACUGGGUUCCUCUGCUCUACUGUGUUAUAUUCGACCUGACACUGCCGACCCAACAAGUAGCUUUAGCUUGACUGUAGCCAAUGUUGGCACGUGCCAAGCUAUCCUGUGCCGAGGUGGGAAGCCAGUGCCUCUUUCUAAAGUCUUCAGCUUGGAGCAUGACCCAGAGGAGGCUCAGAGGGUGAAGGACCAGAAAGCCAUCAUAACAGAGGACAAUAAAGUGAAUGGAGUAACAUGCUGUACCCGGCUGCUGGGAUGCACAUACCUCUACCCAUGGAUCCUCCCCAAGCCCCACAUAGCUUCCAGUCCACUUACCAUUCAAGAUGAAUUGCUGAUUUUGGGAAACAAAGCACUGUGGGAACACUUGUCAUAUCUAGAAGCUGUCAAUGCAGUACGUCAUGUGCAAGACCCCUUAGCUGCUGCUAAGAAGUUGUGCACAUUAGCACAGAGCUAUGGUUGUCAGGACAACGUGGGGGCGAUGGUGGUUUAUUUGAACAUUGGUGAAGAAGGCUGUACCUGUGACAUGAAUGGACUCACCCUUCCAGGCCCUGUGGGGUUUGCUUCAACUGCAACUAUCAAGGAUGCCCCCAAGCCAACCACUCCCUCCUCCAGCAGUGGGAUUGCCUCAGAGUUCAGCAGUGAGAUGUCCACCUCAGAGGUGAGCAGUGAAGUGGGCUCCACGGCUUCUGAUGAGCAUAAUACUGUGGGCCUGGAGGCGAGCUUGCUGCCCAGGCCAGAGAGGCGCUGCAGUCUGCACCCAGCUCCCUCUGCAGGGAUUUUCCAACGCCAGCCUUCUUGUGCUACUUUUUCCAGCAAUCAGUCUGACAAUGGACUAGACAGUGACGAUGACCAGCCUGUUGAAGGAGUCAUAACCAAUGGCAGCAGGGUUGAAGUAGAGGUAGACAUCCAUUGCUGCCGAGGCAGAGAGCCUGAGAACUCCCCUAUGCUCCCGAAGAAUUCUUCCAACCCCUGCUCAGAGGAGUAUGCUAGGGGGGUGGGUUUUGGGAUCCGAAGACAGAACAGUGUAAAUAGUGGUAUACUUCUGCCAGUGAACAAAGACAAGAUGGAGUUACAGAAGUCUCCCUCCACUUCUUGUCUGUAUGGAAAGAAACUCUCCAAUGGCUCCAUUGUGCCCCUAGAAGACAGCCUGAACCUCAUUGAGGUGGCCACAGAAGCACCCAAAAGGAAAACUGGGUAUUUUGCUGCCCCCACUCAGCUGGAACCAGAGGAUCAGUUUGUUGUCCCUCGUGAUCUGGAAGAUGAAGUAAAGGAGCAAAUGAAGCAGCACCAGGAGAGCAGGCCUGAGGCCGAACCCAGGGAAGAGGACCGGUCAGAGCCCCUGGAGGAGUUUGAUACAGCACUGUGAUUGUACCUCGAGUGGACAAGGCCUGAGAGAGGGCUAUGUGGUACUGGGGAAAGGGCCUUCAGGAGAUGUUUGCCUCAGUGUUUCAUUGAUAAAGUGGAGUAGAAUUUGGAGCCAAAAAGUUGAGCACUCGUAGGGUCUGGCUCUUGAUGAGCUAGUACCGCCAUCAGUGUUAAGCUUCACAUUGAACCUUCAUUGGAUUCCCAGAGUUGCUGGGAGACAGCAGAUGUUGUUCUGUGUCAGUCCUGCCACCUGCCAUUAACCCUUUCUCUCCUAGGAUCAUUUGAGAAAUUGCCUGCCUGGGCAGGAAAGGGACUAUUUCUGUGGAGGAAGUAACUGAAGGUUGAUUCCCUUUACUAAUUGCUGCUGAUGGAUCUCUGUGACAAGAGAAAUCACCUUAUCUCUCAGACUAACUAGUGGGGUGUGAUGUGACUAGUCACAUGGCUUUUUAUUCUCUAGGAGAAUACAGCCUAUCAAAUGAUGUCUACUGGAGAUACAGAACCAAUCAAGCAGGUGAUUUAUGUCUGUAAUGUUAUGUAACGAGAGCACUUUUCAUUGACUGUGAACCUUUUAUUUUUGAAUCUGCACUCAGAGCCAAUCUUCUUAGAGGCAGUCCAGCUCCUUUGUCCCUAGGGAGAAGUAAUUGAGCAUUGGAGCCUCUUUGAAGGUACUUGGGAGGGUCCUGGAAAUUGAUCUGUUGGAUGCCAGACUGUGAAAGCUCCUGAGAAACUUGGGGUGGGGGGAUUUAUAAGAUGGGGAAGGAGUAAGAACUAAGGCUUCUUCCCUCAAGUCCAAAAGAGACUUGGCCCUGGAUAAGCCGACCCUGCUGGAGCUAGGAUCACAGGGCAGGGACUUGUGGAUUUGCCUCUUUUCCUAAAUGUGGUAGAAUUGGCAGCCCUCCUCUUGACAGGUGGGCUGACACCUGAGUUAUAGCAAGUGAGUGUAACAGGAGGCAACUAAGAACAUAUAUGGGUAGACAGAAUUCACAAGUUAGACUUGCUCCCCCUCAUCCCCCCCCAGGAUGUUUUCUAGAAUGUUGGUAGUGAGUUGAAUGCUCACCCUGUAUUGUUUGACACUGUGCCCUUCUGAAUACUGCUGAUUCCCCUGACAUGGUUCAGAGUGCUGGCCUCAAUCCUGGGGACGAAAGACUAUUCAACUGAGAGAUUGCUAAACUUACAGAAAACCUGUAAUUUUUUUCACAUUCCUCUUAACCCUAGCAAAUGACCACUUCUUGUAUAUUUCUGUUACUUUUUCCAUUAGAUUACUUAGGAAACUAAUUCCUAUUUAUUAAUAUAAAUUUUAGCAUUGCUUGAUUUUACAUUGAAAAAUGUGCUUUGAAGUUUUAGAAUAUUGCACAACUAAAAAAAUAGAUUGGGGCAAUUUUUAAUUUGCUUUAUAGAAACAAAUUGUUAAAUAUAAGAUUGAAAGUGUAUAUUUUUCCUUUGUGUUUGAGGAGGAAGUUUUUGUUUAAAGCAAUACUAAAAAGCAGACAGAUAAUUCUGUCUUUGGAGGCCCUGUGCUCAUGUGCACGUCAGUGGUUACUCUAGGGGGGUGGGUUAGGGUGGGGGGUGCUAUAUCACUCCAGUAGCUGCCUAAUAUUCACCCUCAAGAAUCUGAACGUGAGCCCCCAAGUCGUCAUGAACACUUAACUUCCUUCCGUCAGACUACUGUCAGUUACUGGAAAAUGUUAGAACUCAGGUGUUUGAAUUGAGGUGGGGACACAGUACCUUAUACAGAGUGUAGGUGUGCUAGAGAGAUGAGAGACCGUGUUGCCACCUUGUUUUUCCACCUUAUUUUUAUAUGGGGAAAUUGAAAAAAAAAAAAAAAGAAUGAGAAUGAAGGAAAAACACAAGGUACGGAUGAUCCGAGCCUUUGAGCUGUAGAACGGUGGUGGUGACGAGAAACCAGUUAUGUUGAAAAUAGCACUUCAGUAGUCUGGUUGUAGAACAAUUGUCUUUUUAUAUGUGAACUGUUUUCUUAUCCUCUAUUUGUUUACCACCCCAUUCACUAAAGUCACCUCAAAACUCAGUUAUAAAAGGACCUUGACAAACAUAAAUUACCUUCUGGUUAUUGGAACUCUGGGGUCCAGUGUCCUUUGUGAGGAGUUUUCAGGGUUCCUUAGGUUGUGUUGAGAAACCUCAAUGUAGGCCAAACCAAAAUGGAUGGUUCUGGUUUUGUAAUUGUCGUUUUUUCAUGUCCUAUUAUACUCUGUAUUAAAAAACAGAGGGUUAAAAGGCCAUAGUCCAUUUCCAAAACGUAAUACACACCUGUUGUAGCUGUGAGGUGAUUUACUGAUGUUUUUAUCUGAAUAGGCUAUCAGGUGAGUGUGAUCCCUUCCCUUUACCCAGAGGGUAUACUUAUUCUCCAGGUGGUCAGAGUACAGGUUACCUCUUAAACAGAGAACCUACCCUUCCUCUAUAUGAUUCUUAAUCUCUGCCCACAUCUCCCACUUAAUUAACUUAAACAAAUCUCUGAGGCCAGGUGUGGUGGCACAGUGGCAUACACCUGCAAAUCCGCACACACAUGGGAGGUUGAAGCAGGAGAAUCAGGAAUGAGGGUUAGCCUUGGUUCAAAUCCAGUUUAGUAUACAUGAGUCCCAGUCUCAAAACCAAACAAACAGGGUUUCUGAAGAAAGAACAACUGGGCUGUGAGUGCAGUUCAGGGAGCUCACUGGCCGAGAGUGUCUGUGGCCUCAGUCAAGGUUUUAACCCAGUGACACAGAACUGGCAAUGACAGUGUUGAUAGGAAAUAAAGUGUGGUGCCACCACGGAGUCGUCAUUGGCCACUCCUGACACAAGCGAGGCUUGACUAUACUACUGUGGAGUAUACAUGUGCAAUAAUCAGUGAACUCGUUCCCUGGUGGACAGAAGAGCCGCCCGAGCAGCGCGUAAUCUCUGGGUGCUAUCACAGUGCGUUUAAUGAGUGCUGCUUUCCAGGCAAUUGGAUUGGGCUGAACUUCUGAAUAUCAAACAGUGCUCUUCUUUCUGGGUAGACCUUCAGCAAAAGCAGGUACUUGGGAACCACAGGCUCACCUUCUCUAUCUAUUCAGUAAUUACUAAUGAAGAGACCUCCGUAAGGGAGCACCUGGCUGUUACUGAUAAAUGUACCAAUUACUAAAGAAUCCGUCUCCAAGCCAUCCGGUGAUGUCUGCAGCAUCACUGUAGAACUGUCCUGUGUCACUUUUUACUUCCCUUUGGGUGGAGCCUUUUAGACUCCCCAAGGCAGGCUAAUCUUUCUCUCCAGGUGGUAACUGCCCAGUGGUUGGGCAAGCACUUCCCAGCCGGAGAGAACCAGCUGCAUCACACCUGCUCUGUUUGGUCAUUGGUGAUCAGCCAAUCAGCAUCAGCUCUGUGUCUAACUCUAGCGCACCUCUCCCACAAGCUAUCUAUCGGGUUUUCUCACUGUUACCAGUGGAUGCCAUCCAAACAGUGGGCUCAUAUCUUAUGGUUUUUGUGCAAUCAUUGUCGUAUUGUAGUCCUAAGACUCAUUAUAGUGUAUUUUUGAUAUUUUUGAAAUGUGUUAAAUUUUUUAAUUCAAUAAUAUGAGCCAGAGCAUGUUGCAGCAAAUCUAUUGUUUGUAAAAAAUAAUAAUAAACAAUAAAUAAAAUAAAAUGGGA